GUGAUUUUCAUUUAUUUUUCUUACUGUCGAGAUGAGAGAAUCUAAUGAAGAAAUUAGAGAUAUUUUAAAAUACUACAAAAAAGGCAAAUAUGCAACGCAAGCCACGAAAAAAAUUUGUGAUGUUUAUGGACCUAGUGCAGUGUCUGUGAAUGUUCAUUAAUUUGGUUUAAGCGUUUUCAACAUAGAGCAACGCGGCCAGGGGGCCAUUCCCCUAACGGAAAUGCUUUGGAAAAAGCUAACGCUUUCGAUUUUAUUUUGUUAUUUCUGACCGCCGAAGGUUUUCAAAUACCUCACGCUCAUUUUUUUUAAUGUUGUUA